GCCCCAAGUCUUGCCUCUCGCCCGCUGGGAGUCGCGCGGUGAGUCCCGCGCCGCCCUGGCCCCCGACGCCGCGGGCUGGAGCCUCCGAGAGGGCGGGAACUCCGCGGACCUGGCGCUCCGGGCUCAGGCGAAGACCCGGCGGGCGCCGGGCGGGGCGCGCGUCGUUGUUUGUUUGAGUGGAAGGGUCGAGAUCCUCUGAGACCGCGGUGGACAGAGCCUGAAGCCAGAACUCCUUCCCAGUCCUGCGCUCGCGACAUGCGGCAGGAAAGGUGCAGCACCCCUCGCCCGCGUCCCCGCCAUGGAGAUGCUGCGGCGCUCUUCAGUCCUCGCCGCGGAGAUCAUGGAUGCCUUUGACCGCUCGCCCACCGACAAGGAGCUGGUGGCCCAGGCCAAGGCGCUGGGCAGGGAGUUCGUGCACGCUCGGCUGCUGCGCGCUGGCCUCGCCUGGAGCGCGCCUGAGCGCGCUGCGCUGGUCCUUGGCGGCCGCCUGGCAGAGGUGUGCACUGUGCUGCUGCGCUUGGGGGAUGAGCUGGAGCUGAUACGGCCCGGUGUCUACCGCAACGUGGCUCGCCAGCUGCACAUCUCCCUGCAGUCUGAGCCUGUGGUGACCGACGCAUUUCUGGCUGUGGCAGGCCACAUAUUCUCUGCAGGCAUCACGUGGGGCAAGGUGGUGUCCCUGUAUGCAGUGGCUGCAGGGCUGGCAGUGGACUGUGUGCGGCAGGCUCAGCCUGCCAUGGUCCAUGCCCUUGUUGACUGCUUGGGGGAAUUUGUGCGCAAGACCCUGGCAGCCUGGCUGCGGAGGCGCGGUGGAUGGACAGACGUCCUAAAGUGUGUGGUCAGUACGGACCCAGGCCUCCGCUCCCACUGGCUUGUGGCAACGCUCUGCAGCUUCGGUCGCUUCCUGAAGGCUGCCUUCUUCGUGCUUUUGCCAGAGAGAUGAGCCACCUCUAGGCCUUCAAGCUCAAUGCAGGAGGCCCUCAGUGCCUGGAACCUGACCUCUAGCCCAUCCCUGAAGACCCUCUGGGAGGGGGAGUGGAGAGGAGCUUCCCUGAGCCUGGAGCUGGCUUCAGGGCCAGCCUGCGGCUCUCCUCUCACUCCCCUUCUCCUGGAACUCCUGUGUCUCCCCUUUCUGGGCCCAGAAAGUCGAUGUCAACUCCCAGGCCCCAAUGGAAGGAACCUGGAUGUGCCAUGCUCUCACUUAACACCUUGCGGCGCCUCCUAGGAUACAUCCAAUCUAAGGACAAGUUUAUCCUGGCCAAAGCUGGAGAAGCCAUAGGAAUUUACCCUGUAAACACAGCAGGUGCCUGUGCUGGCUGCUUAAUUCCAUCUCUGGAAGGAGUAUGACCCUCCACCAGUGACAGGGUCUUUCUGUGGUGGGGACCAGGCUGUGGGGCUCUGUGCUGAUGCUUCUGACCAGUGAAUGGGAAACCCUGUGGAUGAGAACGAGUCUACGGGGGUGAGCUUGAGCCCAGCAGCUUCCCUUCUGGUCCCCACACGACCACACAGGGACCUAUUGGUGUCUCCAAAGGACUCAUGAGGGGUAACCCAGCCCCUCAGAGAGCACUGGAGACCCUAAGCCACCCUAGCAGCAUUCCCCGAGCCCUGGGUGGACAUGGCACUCAAGCAGUGGCUGUUCCUGUAUAGCUUACCAUGGCUGGGCCCUGGAAUGCAGCCUGGCAUAGCAGUUGGCCUCCCCACACGGCCAGGCUGCAUGCUGGGGAGGGCUGUGCAGGAAGUCAGCCCCAGAUGCAUGUGGAGCUCAAGGGCAGAGGCCGGUAAUAAACCCCAAUAGAAUAUUUUAAUUUUA